UUACUAUAUACUUUUUACAAUAAUCAUGUCCAUCACUAGUCUGCAUGAAAAAGAAACAAACAAGAUUGUUUAAAUAAUUCAUAUGUUCUAUGGCUUUGAAUUAAAAUUUUCUCGGCAUGUCCAUGUGGGUUUUAACAAUUUAAUUUAUUCAACUAAUCAAUGUUUAGAAACCUGUAGAUUCACUGUGUCUGAUACAUUUAUAAAGCAUUAUGUGCAAAUUGUUAUCCAUAUUCUGUUCUGUUUAUUUUCUGAUCUCUGUUUCAAGAAUCAGUUUUUUUUUUCUUGAUUUCGCCAACCCCUGAGAUUACUCAAUUUGAUCAACUGGGUUUGUAUAGAUUGGAGGGAUAAAAUCGGGGAGAUGGGAAGCAAGUGCUGUAAGCUCACUUCGUGUUGCUGGGAUUCACAGUUCAAGGCAGCAGCAGUUGUGGAAGUUCCUGAUGCCGUUGGGAAUGAAAACAAGAGGAAGGUUGAUUACUUGCCAGCGUUCGGCGACUUCGCGUUCGAGCAGCUCAAGCAUGCAACGUCAGGUUCCCCAGUACAAACCAUAGUGUCUGAGCAUGGAGAGAAAGCUCCAGAUGUUGUUUAUAAAGGGAAGCCGGAGAACCGGCGGAGGAUCGCUGUUAAGCGCAUUAAUAGAAUGGCUUGGCCUGAUGCUCGACAAUUUUUGGUAGCCAACUUCUUUUAUCACUAUUAAUUUCGCCAGAUAAAUUCUGUGGUCUCGGUACUCUCUCUGCUUUCACCAGCGAACAUGAACAAACUGGCCAUGAAAUUCGUCUGGACCAUUUGCACUUCUAUUACAAACUCUUCUUUUGAGGUUCUUGUUUGUUAAGAAUUGAGGAGUUUACAAUCGUUUGUAUGUAUGAUGAUGCCCCAGUUUGGCAGUUUGCCAAUAAAAUCCAACUGCCUUUCUGUUUU